GCCACUAAUCCCAGCACUACAAAAUCCCAGGUCCCUUCCACCUCUGGUCCACACCGACCGCUGCCACUCUCCACCUUCUCCUCCACAUCACCAUCAGGAAUUCACAAAAUCCCUGUUUUUCUGCAGAACGCGUAAAGCCGAUCGGAAGAGCAGGAAGCAUGGCUGUAGUCAGUGGAACUUACCGCAUGGUGUCGGAGGAGGAGCAGGCGCUCAGGGCCAAGCUGGAGCAUCUCACCAUCAAGGACCACGGCCCCGUGUUUGGACCCUGCGCCAACCUGCCAGACCACACCAGGCAGAAGGCCAAAGAUGAGCUGAACGAGACGGAUGAGAAGCGCGUGUCGGCAGCGAAGGAGCUUCGAGCCAUCAUUAAGGAGAAGGCGGAGGCCGGAGAUGACCUGGCUAAGGGGGUGCAGGACACCUUUGGGGAGAAACCAGACAGUCUGCUGGUCCGCUUUAUCCGCGCCAGGAAGUACGACGUACCCAGAGCCUUUGACCUCAUGAAGGGAUAUGUCCGCUUCAGGAAGGAUUACCCCGAGCUGUUUGAGAACCUGACCCCGGAGGCAGUGCGCAGCACCAUCGAAGCCGGCUACCCCGGCAUCCUCCACAGCAGAGACAAAUACGGACGCGUGGUUCUGCUCUUCAACAUCGAGAACUGGGACUACGAGGAGAUCACCUUUGACGAGAUUCUGCGGGCCUACUGCGUGAUCCUCGAGAAGCUGCUGGAGAACGAGGAGACUCAGAUCAACGGCUUCUGCAUCAUUGAAAACUUCAAGGGCUUCACCAUGCAGCAAGCGUCAGGCAUCAAACCCACCGAGCUCAAGAAGAUGGUGGACAUGUUGCAGGACUCCUUCCCAGCCCGUUUCAAGGCCGUGCACUUCAUCCACCAGCCCUGGUACUUCACCACCACCUACAAUGUGGUGAAACCCCUCAUGAAGAGCAAGCUGCUAGAGAGAGUGUUCGUCCACGGAGACGAGCUGGAAAACUACUACAAGGAGUUUGACCCCGAAAUUCUUCCGUCUGAGUUUGACGGAAAAGGUUCCAAGUACGACGGCAAGGCCACGGCGAACAAACUGUUCGACUAGUCAUCGUAGAAACCUGUUGCCCAGCAGUCUGACAGCUGUAAUGCAGUGAAAAAAAA